UAUCCUUAAGAAGAAAAUGAAAAAGCAAAAUGACCUUCACGAUCUCGCCACUCCACUCCAACCCCUACUCACCAUUUCUUUGUUGGUGAAUCAUUUAUUCACAACCACAUGACCAAUUCCUUCAGUUCAAAAAUUCUCUCGCUUUCUCUCUCUUUCUUGUAGUAUUAUUAUUUUUUCUUGGUGUCCUUUUCUCUUUGGUUCUUGGAAGCCUUAUCCUUUGUAAGGCUUGUUUAUCCUUUCUUGAAUUCUUUAUUUUACUUACUGUAAUAAUUUUUUAUUAUCUUCAAUUUUAUUUCUUUACUAUUCUAUAUAAAAGCAGAUUCUUUUCGUUUUAUGUUUGCUUUCAUCUCUCUGCUCUUUUCUUCUUUGUGGGUGAGUGGGUGGGUGGAUUCAAUUUAUGAAAUCUUCCAUUGUUGAACCAAAACCUUGAUUGUGAUUGUUGAUGUCUUUGGCUGUUGGAGCCAUGGGAUUGGACGAAAAUAAGGAGGAGGGUAAAGAAGGGAACCCAACAGGUCCAGAUCAUGCUGACUCUGAAAUUGAGCCUGAUACUUCUGGGAGGGUUAGCAGGCAAAUGAGUGACGGUUCUCUGUACACAACUGAGGAUGAAGAAGAUGAAGAUGCUGAGUCUAAAAUCCAGUUGGGUCCUCAAUGCACUCUCAAAGAACUGUCUGAGAAGGAUAAGGAUGAUGAAAGUUUGAAGAGGUGGAAAGAACAACUUCUGGGGAGUGUUGAUGUGAAUUCUGUUGGAGAAACUCUGGAUCCAGAAGUCAAAAUCUUGAGCUUAGCAAUUAAAUCCCAGGGUAGAAACGAUAUUUUUCUUAUAAUCCCUGAGACUGGAAACCCGAAAGGCCCGUGGUUUACUUUGAAAGAGGGAAGUCGUUACAGCCUUAAAUUUACAUUCCAGGUCAGCAACAAUAUUGUUUCAGGCCUCAAGUACAGGAACACUGUUUGGAAAACUGGCAUCAGAGUUGACAGCACAAAAGAAAUGAUUGGAACCUUCAGCCCUCAAUCAGAACCUUAUACACAUGAGAUGCCGGAGGAGACGACACCAUCUGGCAUUUUCGCUAGAGGAUCAUAUUCAGCUAAAACACAGAUUUUCCAUCUUGUCUGUGCAGUUUCUUGAUGAUGACAACCGGUGCUACUUGGAGAUGAAUUAUACAUUUGAGAUCAAGAAGGAUUGGCAGGCUACUGCAUAACUUGAGACUUAUUACUAGAAGUAUUUUGUUUCUUUGUCCUCAGAAUGUGUGUAUCUCAUUUUAGUUUUGAGUAUUUAUGUCCGGUGUGAUCACAGCAGCAGAUGAUAGGAGAGGAAGGGAAGAAAGAAAUUUCCUAAGAUUGAGAUGAUGAGGUUGAAAAAUUCAGUUGUUAAGUUCUAUUAAUUUGUUGAGUAUCAUUCAAUAAAGUUGAACUUGACAUA